CCUGGGUUAUCUAGCAACCUUCUUAAAAGCUUUUUUAUAGAAUGGUCCUUAAACUUAUAUACAAAAAAUCUAUUUUUCAGAAACAGGAAACGAAGGUAAUACUCAAAACAUGGAUGGUAAUGUUAAAAUCGACGAAGGCGAUGCUGAAAUAGUCGAAACUGAUGGUCAAAUGACAAAAAAAUUGCCUCAAGUCAAGGAAACUAACGCUGCUAAAACAAAAGAGGAGGAGACGAAAUCUAAGGGAAAAAGAUUUAACUUUAAUGACAUUCUAAGUGAAAAUGAUUUAGAAAAUUUACAUCCGUAUGACAAAAUGUUGUUGUCGAAAGUCACCAAAAUCGAGGUAACGACAGAUUUAUUGGCUCGUCGUAGCAAUCAAACAAAUGGAAGCAAUACUUCGAACUUGUCGACAACAUAUUCAUUUCUUCACAAGAGUCCAGAAUUAAGUGACUUCCCUCUAAAUGAUAUGGAAACUUUUGAUAAAGUCGAAAAAAAACUGGAACAAGAUACAGAUUUUUUUGACAUUGUAGUAAGUAUUUAA